UUUGCCCAAUUCGGUACCGAAUAGAAAAUCACUAUCUCCCCGAUUCCACUCCUAAUUUCUUCAUAUUUAUUCUUUUGUUCGUCGAAUACAAUUCCUUUUUCGUUUGAUUCGAUUUUUUCUCUAUCGAUUGAUCCCGAUUUCCCUGCUUGUUGUUCUCGAACUCCUGUUCUAGGGUUAGGGUUUCGAAUUCUCUUAAAACAUUCGAUUCGAUUUCGAUUUCGUUUGAUCUCUGAAUCUUAGGGCAUAUACUAGCUUUUCUUGUCUAUAUUUAUCUGGGUCCAGCCUUCAUUUCUUGGAUUCUUUGAAAAGUUUGAAACUUUAUCCGCGCUUUCGAAGCUUCAAUUUUUCGAUCGAUUUUAUAUUGUGAAUAUUGGGGAAAAUAUUUAAUUCGUUUUCAGUAUUUUAUAUUCGUUAAAUUUAAUAUAUUUGUUUAACGAUAAGGGAGCUAGAUCUUCUGGGUUUGUAAAUCGGGGUUUUUCUAUUGGGUUUAUUUGAAUCUUAAUUCGUCCACUGGUGUUACUAAUAGAGUUAUUCAGAAGAAGAUUUCCGUGAGAACUACUUCCUGUAUCCCUUGGAAAAAUGAUUCACAAAAGACAUUUUGCUGAUGAGGAUUCUUUUGAGUUUCCUUGUAAGCACCCAAAACUAUGUGACUACGCCAAUCACCUUGCUCCUAUCGUGGAUUUCAAUCCUCCCAAUGAUACUGGUCUGGAACCUCAAACUUCAGGUACUUCUAGUGGCAUUUCUCGAUUUCUGUGGGAAAGCAGCAGUAUUGCUGAAGCGGAUGCUAAGAUUGAGGCAGCUUUGCAUCUGUCAUUUUUACCUGAAUAUUUUGCUCCUCAACACCAGCUAAGAGCUUUGCUUCAAUCCGAGGAGACUUAUUCAUCUCUUCUCGAAGCUCCUCCUCUGAUUCCAGUUUCUAUUGGACCUGAGCAUCAAGCAGAUGUUCCUGAAUGGAACCCAAGGGGCUCAAAGAGCUUUGUAGAUAAUCUCAAUGCACCAGGCCAUCAAGUUGAACUUUCACCUUCAUUGGAUUUUAAGCUCCUUGUUGACGAUGGUGAUGAGGAGAAGUUGAUGGGUACUUGUAUCAUUUCAAUGCCUGCUUACGAAACGUCUGCCAAUUAUUGCUUUGAAAGAUGUGGAACCAGAAAUGAUUGUAAAUGUAUUGAUAGGGAUUCUAUUGAUUGUGUCAGACAACAUGUUAUGGAAGCCAGAGAAAAACUUAGGGGAAACCUUGGGGAAAAGAUAUUUGAGGAAUUAGGCUUCUGUGAAAUGGGAGAGGAGGUCUCAAAGAGAUGGACUGGAGAGGAAGAGCAAACAUUCCAUGAGGUUGUCUUGUCUAACCCUGCAUCAAUGGGGAAGAAUUUCUGGAACCAUCUUUCAUUGGCUUUCCCCUUCCGUACAAAAAGGGACCUUGUCAGCUAUUAUUACAAUGUAUUUAUGCUGCAAAAACGUGCUGAUCAAAACAGGUUUGACCCGCAAAAUGUAGACAGUGAUAAUGAUGAAUGGUAUAUAAGUGAACAUGAAGCUGAUGUGGUAGAGGAAGAUGAGGACUCUGGUGUUGAAUCUCCAACUAAUCUUGAUGUUCCCACUUGUCAGGAGUAUCAAGCGGAGGAUUGCCAUGAUGACAUUGAGGGUGAGUAUGAGCUAGAUGAUUUCAAGGAUGGUGCUCAGGCUGUCUGUGCAGUUGCAACUGAUGAAGAUGAGGGAGAUGUGGAUGAUAUAUCUGUAGGUGUUAAGAAAUCCUUUGGUGACUCUGGUGGCAAUAUUGACUUACAUUUUUUGAGUAAAAUUCAAAGCAGUUGCAGGGAUGAGGAUGGUGUACAAGAUGAUUCAUGUACAUCAUGUGAAUUCGAGCAAAUUGAAAGCUGUGAUCCACUUUAUACUAAAGGGACUGAUCAGAAGCAGUCUAAUCAAGAUUGAUGCACAAGCAUUAAAUAUAUGAAUGUUGUUGGGUUAAUUGAACAUCAAUAGGUUUUGUUUUGAAUCCUUGCAAGAGUAAAGUUGGGAUACUGAUACAAGAGAGAAAGAGUUGAUUUUGUCAAUGAGUGUUCAUGUCUGAUCCCCUAAAUUAUAUUUGGCUGUGGUUGGCAUAAAAUGUUGGUUCGGGAAGCCUUUGAGGGAUAGUUGGGGAGGGACUCCCAUAAGAUCCAUAGUUCUAACAAGUGACCAGACUGAAGAAAGGUCUGAUCUGGUGUGCUUGUAAAAUUUCAUAUUUGUUGAGGACGUUUGCAUUUGUGUCUCAAAGGGGAUGCUCAUGGAACCUGCCUCGAAUCUUCUGGGUGCUACUGUUAUCAGCAUGACAGAAUACUGAUCUUUUAGUUAUUGGGAUCAGUCUCUUGAGAAACAGUAUAUUUAUAUUGAGGACUCCAAAAUCAAUAUUUUGAUGGAAGUGAGUCAUAUGUUCCAAGUUUUACAUUCAAUAUUGUUUGUUUUAUUCUUUGCCCUGAUUUGGUUUUUUUUUUUUUUUUCUGUAGCUGUAUUAGCAAGAAUGGCCUAGCUGUCAAUGUAACACUUUAAUUCGUGAGGCAAUAAAAUUAGUUUCUCCGUCUUGAUUC